AUCUGGGCCAGGUUCAUUUCUGAGGCGUAGCCACUCGCGUCGCACUGACUGUCUGUGUUGCCCGUCGUAGGUCCACAACUGACAUUUUGGUCCGUUAUCGGAUUCCUUGUUAGCAAUUCGUCAGAAGCUAAAAUUGUUUCUGUGCUGCCUCGAAGUUGAAGAGAUAUUCUGACUGUCUUGCACCAUUGCAUGACCUGGUUUGCCGUGGAAGACGUUCUAUUGGGAGCGUGAAGGAUUUCCCAUUGUGAUUGGCGAGCGUCCUUAUCGUCGCACCGCAAAGCAGGUGAGCACCCCUCCGUUCUCGCAUCGACGGAAGAAUACGGGAUUCUCCGAGUCACUAUCAAUGCAGCCGCGGCAAGGAGCAGGCAUGUAGGACAAAGCUGGUUCGUCUGCUUGCUCGGCUUGGUCCGUAAGAACCGCCCGUGAAGAGCGGGUGCUGAAGCCUGGCAAAAUGCCUCGUUCCGAUGCCUAUUGCGCAUGGGCCUUCCUUCUUCUGGCUUUGUUGACGCUGGCACAUCCGGCCACAAACGCACCAGUUGAAUUGCAGCAUGGACCAGCACUACAGCCGCAUAAAGAUGAGGCGGUAGUGAGAUUUCACCCAUGGAUCAUAGCUGGUGUGGCGGCAUGCAGUAUAGUACUGGCUGUGCUCAUUCUUGCCAUGUGUGGUGGUCGAAGCAGAGAAAAGAAACAGAUGCGAAACGCAGCCCAAGCAGCUGCAAUGGGUAGCUUUGAGACGGAGGGCCCGUACGCCGAGCAUGCCGUUAUUCAAGGUUAGUCUGCCUUCUUCAUUUUGCAUG